AUGGUCGAAUCCCGCGGGGGAGCUCUCGGGUUCCCGAUGGCCCCGAGGGCCGAAGCCGCCGAGGAUAUCAGCGCCAAGACUCGGGUUUCGGUCUGGCUGUUAACAAGUAUGGCGGGAUUUCUCAUGGGGCUACGCCUGUGUUGCAAGUGGUUGAGGCAUCGUGGUCUCUGGUGGGACGACUACAUUUUGGUCCUCGCAUGGCUCCUCCUCCUCGCCGACUCGAUAUGUGUAUCCAUCAACACCCGCCACGGCCUCGGCCGCCACAUCUCCACCGUCGAUCCCGCCAACUUUGCCGCCCUCGGUCUACUAGGCAAUCUAGCCGCGACCUUCGCCAUCACAGGGGCCAUGUGGUCCAAGACUUCCUUCGGCGUCACGAUACUGCGCCUCACGAGUGAGUGGCCCCGCACGAUCGUCUGGAUCGCCAUUGUGUCUAUCAACAUCUUCAUGGGGAUCAUCGCCAUCAUGACGUGGAUAACGUGUGAUUCUCCUGGGCGGAUAAACGUUUGCGUUGAGACGAAGGUGUACAUCUCGUAUAGCGUAUUCGCCGGGGCGUAUUCGGGGGUCAUGGAUUUGGUGCUGGCUCUGUUGCCGUGGUAUCUGAUUUGGGGGAUGAGGAUGGAUGUUCGGGAGAAGUUGGGGAUUACGGUGGCUAUGAGUCUGGGUGUUUCCGAAGUCGACAUCGUCCCCCUCGUCAUCUGGGGCAACGCCGAAGUCGCCACAACAAUAAUGGCCGCCUCCAUCCCCGUCCUCCGCGUCCUCAUCCGCGACGCAACUGGCGGCAGCUACCCCGCAUCCUCCUCCCUCUACGACCCGACCUCGUCAGGUCCCUCCCACAGGAAAUGGGGCGACUUAUUAUUACGGAGGAAUGCGGGACAAACCUGGGUCUCACCGACGUCCACAGAGAGGUCGGGUCGAUGUCGGGCUCCGGCGAUGUGGCGUGGGGCGAGCGAGGAUUUCAUCCUGCAGGGGUGCGUGAUGCCUGGGGAGGAGGCGUCCGUUGUUGACUCGGAGAGGCUCCAUGGCGGAUUGAGUAAUAAAUCUCCGAAGGGCUGUGAUGUGAGGGUGGUGGAGUUGGGUCGCAGGAGAGGGAAUGAAAGUGACGGGUACGAGAUGGGCAUUGUACGGCGUAUUGUAUAA